AUGCGGUCUCCUUUUCCUUCCUCCUCGUCUGCUCCCGGCGAGGGGAAGCUUGUAGUUGCUCUCGCUCCCCAGAAGGUAUCUGCGCUAUCGGCCAUGACAUUUCAGUAUCCAUUGAAACUGAUCUCACCAUCGCCGACGUCAUAUCAAAAGAGUGUUCUCGUGUUUCUCCUCACCUACGGCGGAGGGCUCGUUGGAGGCGAUCAAGUAAACCUCUCGAUUACCGUUGGCGAUGCCUCCAAACUAAGUAUGGUGACUCAAGGUCAUACCAAAAUCUUCAAAUCCCCAACACGGGAUGUUAUUACCCGCCAAACUUUGGAUGUGACGAUACAAAAUGGUGCUUCUCUGUGCUUAUUACCAGAUCCAGUCCAGCCGUUCAAAGAAAGUGUCUAUCAGCAAACACAAAUAUUCAAGAUUGCCGAUGAAGGUUCGCUUUGUUUACUGGAUUGGGUUUCUGCCGGAAGGACCGCAAGAGGAGAAGACUGGGACUUUUGGAGUUGGCGAGGUCGCAACGAGGUGUGGGCAAUCAGACCAGCAGGAGAGAAGCCACGGCUCUUGCUUCGGGACAAUGUAAUCCUUGAUUCGUCUACAUCAGAAAUCCAGGAAAUGAAAAUCAAGGAUAAAAUGCAGAGGAUGGACAUCUUUGGUACGUUAGUGUUAAGAGGACCUAAUGUCGACUCCACCGCCGCGUUUUUCUUGGCCGAGUUUGCAGCUUUACCUAGGAUAGGAGCACGAGAUUUCAGAUCACAAGACAUGAAAGAUAUGGACAGCACAGUGGUCCUUGGCCAUCUUGAAGAAUGGAGAAAUGCCAGGCUGGCGCAAGAGCUCGCAGAUGGGAUUCUCUGGUCAGCAGCCAAGGUACGAGGAUGCACCGUAAUAAAAUUUGGAGCUCGCACAGUGGAGGGUGCUCGACUAUGGGUUGGGGCAAUGUUAAAAGAGGAAGGCUCGAUAUUGAAAUGCUUUGGGGAAGAUGCCCUGAUGUGUGUGCGAUGA